UGGAGUGUUGCUAAGAUCUACCCUGUUGUUCGAGACGCAAACAAAAAAGACACGCAUAACUGCAAUCAGGUGAUUCUCGUGAACCAAAGCGCAGAUCGACUGGCCACUGAGCUGGCAAUUUUCAUUUUGUCUGGAAGACUAAACUCACACGUUUGAUUUUUGGACAUCCUCCACCCUGCCUGGAUCGCCUGGUAUGCCAGAGUGUUGGCGAUGGCAACGCCUGAAGCGGUGUUGUUGCGAGAUCUUAGCUUAGGCAAAGGGCAAAUCGCCUACCUUGGUACUUUCACCGUUAGAGACGAGGAUGAGAUUGGCCGCGGUUCCGAUGCUGCUGUGUAUCGAGUAGUAUGGCAAGGCAUACCGGUUGCUGCAAAGGUGUUGCACCCGAACCUUGUCCAACCAGGUGUGGAGGGGAGAGAUGAGAGGCUUCAGCGAUUUGGCGUUGAAAUAGCCAGACUGUCUCACCUCCAGCACCCUCGUCUUUGUCAAAUUCUCGGCAUUGCAGUCACCGCCGAUCGUCAUUUGCCAGUUUUAGUGGUGGAGCUAUUGGAUCGUACACUUUAUCAAUGUAGUGUUGGUCCAGAUCGGUUGGACCAUGUCACCCUGCUAUCGUUCCUGGCUGAUGCUAUGGCUGCCGUUCGUUACCUCCACAGCAGAGAUCCACCAGUGAUUCAUCGUGACCUGACUUUGCGGAAUGUCUUGAUCACGGGCCAGAUCGCCAAGCUCUGUGACUUUGGUUGUGCGCGACUGUGCGCAACAAAUCCUGCGGAUUUGGUUGGCUUGUUGCCAGAUCUCACAGCAUGUCCAGGGAACGUGUUCUAUAUGCCGCCGGAGGCUCUGCUAAACCCUCCGGUGUACGACGAAUCACUGGACAUAUUUUCUUUUGGCGUGCUGGCUACGAGCGUCCUGACCGGAGUUGAACCGUCGACAGACCUGCUCACAGCACCAAGAUCCCGGGUUCAUACUGUCCAGCGAGCGGACGGAACGAGUGAAGAGACCGUCAUCGCUAUCAGCGAAGUCGAGCGACGCAGUGGUGAUUUGGGAAGAAUACCAGACGGCCAUCCGCUCAGGCAUGUAAUCGUCCGCUGCCUGGCAGUCAUUGCAGAUGACCGUCCCAGGGCUGAGGAGCUGCAUGAGAUAGUUCUGGACACGGUAAAGCUGGCGCGUGAUUUGUCCCCGAGUCAGCCUAGCACUGCUGGUACAGGGGUUACCAGGCAACUAGAGUCGACUUCACAGCAGCUAGGCCAGCAAGCUACAUGCAUUGCUGACAUCACCGCACGCAGCUCUGCAGUAGAGGAACAACUCAGCACCAUGACACAGCGUCUUGUCGACACUCAGCUGGAAACCACUGCUAUCCGUGACCAACUGCAGACUACAAACCAGCAAGUGACAGAGAUCCGUGACCGACUGGAGACUACGACCGAACAAGUCACCAGCCUGCAAGGACAUGUAGCAGUAGUUUCCAGUCAACAGACAGACCUACGUGCAUCCAUCAGUGAGCAGCUAGAUGAGACCAACAGACGGGUGAAUGAUCAGCUAUCACAACUUCGCUCUACACGGCAGGUUGGUGACAAUUCUCGUCAGCACUCUGCAGCACCUGCCGCACAUUCUCUGGCUCUGUCACCGGAGAAGAUUGAACGCAUCAGGAAGGAGAGAAAGGUAUGUGCAAACACAGAUAUAUACAUACACACAGACAAUACAAUACAAUAUGCCCAUCCGGAGAUGAUAGCAGGUCCCGAAGGGACCAACAGUGUUCAAGUCAUGAGCAAAAUCGGGCGUGGCGAGUCAAGUCCUGGCGACGGUGAUAGCGCUUUCCACAAGUGCAAACGAAGUCUAAGGUGACGAGCUCGGUCGGAGGAAUGGUGCUGCAUGCUAAUCUCCACUCUCUGCGAUCCUGGGCGA